AUGAGGACUUCUUCUCUUUGUGCCCUCGUGGCCGUGGCAGCCAGGGCUUUUGCGUCCUCUGACCUCGACGCUCGGCAAACUGAGGAUGAACUUGACCAAUGGCUUUCAGCGGUGCAGGCCCAGCCUCUCGAUGCCCUCAAGUCAUGCCCCGUCUCAUGCAGCACCGCUGGUGACGACCCAUGGUUUCUGUUCCCGGAUGCGUCCCAUUUGGCCUCCUGCAACGAGACGAUGCUACUCAACAUCGCCGUUCAGGCAGCUGAGGGGAAUGAGAACAAUGACAUGCCAACCGUCCUCAGGGCAUGCACAGCAGACUACGACACCUCCAAGUCUAUGAGGGUCGCAUUCGUGCCUGAUUCAACCAAGGCAUCCCUCUGCCUCACGGCCAACAAGGUGCUGGACCAAGGCUCGAUAUACAUGCACCAGCCCAGCCAGGGUAGCGAGUUCUUGGUCGGGCAUCUCAUGUCUGCUGGCCAACAGGUCAAAAGCCAUCUUGCGUCUCAAGUGCCGUCAUGCACCAAUAACGCCAUGGCCUUUGGCUACUCGCGAUCCGCAGUCAUCGGUCUCUUCGCUGGCGCCGAGGUGCACCAACACGGUGUGACAGCCGAAGUUCUGGAGAAGUUCCUCGAGUAUGCACAGGACAAGUCCAUCUCCAGCAGCACCGUGGUGCAACUGUGCGGAGCCGAGCACAGAGGUGCCGACUACAGCAUCGGUAUCGUGGCCAGCAGUACCAAUAACCUUGACUUUGUCCAGCAGGCGGUCAAGACGUGGGCCGACGGCAAGUGUGUCUCCCAGGCAGAUGCGGGCGAAAACUGGAUGACUGUCACCCUACGCAUUCCUGUUCCCGUGGAUGAGCUGCAGCCUUCCAACAACUCUACCGGCAACGGCACCGCCAGCUCUCAUCAGUUCACUCCUCGGGAUAUUGAUGUCUCGGCCAGCGUCUCCAGACUACUUCCUCGGGCCGACUGCAGGUUUACCACCGUGCAGGCGAAUGAUGGUUGCUAUGCCGUAGCAGAACGAUGUGGAAUCUCGCAAACUCAACUGCAAAACUUCAAUCGCGCCAACCUUUGCAACUCGCUUGUUCGCGACGAGCGUGUCUGCUGCAGCAGCGGCACUCUUCCCAGCACUCUGCCUCCCGGAAACUCGGAUGGCACGUGCAAGACACGUCAGGUUAUUCCAGGCGACGACUGUGGCUCAUUGGCCAACAAGUAUGACUUCAUGAAAGCGAAUUCCAAGACGAGUCUCUGCUCCAGUUUGGCAGAGGGUCAACAUGUCUGCUGCAGUCAGGGCAAGUUGCCUGACCUGAGGCCCAAAGAGGACGCCGAUGGCUACUGCGCCGUCUACACCACCAAAGAUGACGACUACUGCUCCAAGAUCGCUGCAAGCCUCAUGCUUACUGUAGAAGAGCUGGAGUCUUUUAACAAGAAUACAUGGGGCUGGAACGGGUGCAAAGUGCUCUACCCCAAGUUCAACAUGUGCGUCAGUAAAGGAGCGGCGCCCAUGCCUGCAAUUGUUCCUAACGCGGUUUGCGGACCGACGAUGAACGGCACCAUCCGACCCCCCGCGGGUACUAACAUCAGCGAGUUGAACCCCUGCCCUCUCAAUGUCUGCUGCAACAUUUGGGGACAAUGCGGCAUGACCGACGACUUCUGUAUCGUUUCCAAAUCCGAGACGGGUGCUCCGGGCACCUCGGCUCCCGGCAAGAACGGCUGCAUCAGCAACUGCGGCAGAGACAUCAUCAAGGGCUCCGCGCCGGCAAAGAAGGUCAAGCUUGGCUACUUUGAGGGCUGGAACCUGAACCGCGAGUGUCUGACCAUGGAUGCGAGCCAAAUCAACACAGACGCUUACACCCACGUGCAUUUCGCCUUCCCCAACGUCACGCGUGGCGAUUUUCGCAUCGAGAUCACUGAUCCGCAGGUGAAGGAGCAGUUUGAUUAUUUCAAGAAGCUCGAGGGUGUCAAGAAGAUUGUUUCCUUGGGCGGCUGGGACUUUAGUGCUCUCCCGGGGACUUUCAUGAUUCUUCGAGAGGCAGCCCAGCCGGCCAACCGCGACGUCUUCAAGCGCAACAUCAUCUCUUUUAUCAACGAGCAUAACCUGGAUGGUAUCGAUCUUGACUGGGAAUACCCAGGAGCUCCUGACAUUCCUGACAUCCCCUCAGACGAUCCGGUCAACGGUGUCAAUUACUACCGACUUCUGGCCAGCAUCAAGGCCGAGGUCGGCAGCUCCAAGUCGGUCUCGUUCGCAGCCCCCGCGUCGUACUGGUACCUCCGUUCAUUUCCCAUCAAGCAAAUGGCCGCAGCCCUCGAUUACAUUGUGUUCAUGACAUAUGAUCUGCACGGCCAGUGGGACGCUGGUAACAAGUGGACCUCACCGGGCUGCCCAACCGGCAACUGCCUGCGAUCACACGUGAACGAGACCGAGACCAAGGAUGCACUCUCCAUGAUCACCAAGGCAGGAGCCGCCUCCAACAAGGUCCUUGUCGGUGUGUCCAGCUACGGACGGUCCUUCAAGAUGGCCCAGGCCGGCUGCGAUGGCGAGAGUUGCCUGUUCACGGGCGACAACCGCAAUUCAGGGGCUGCCAAGGGCCGUUGCACGGGAACCGCCGGCUACAUCUCCAACGCCGAAAUCGAUGAAAUCAAGGCCACCGACAGGGCCAACAAGGUCUGGACGAAAGAAGGCUCAAACAUCAUGGUGUAUGAUAAUACAGAAUGGGUGGCCUGGAUGGAUGACGACAUGAAGGCAAAACGAGCCGAGUUCUACGAUUCGUAUAACUUCCUGGGCACGACCGAUUGGGCGAUCGACCUGCAGGAAUGGUCAGACGGCUCGGGCAGCAUCAGCGAUGACAACACGGACGAGUUUGUCUACGAGGAGCUGUCCGCUUGCACUGCCUCCUUCUCGACGCUUAAGCAGCUCGAGGAACGCAAAGGAUCGAUCCCGUCGCACUGCUUGGAGCAGUAUAUUGUCGAUGUACAGAUCGCCGUUUUUGACGACGCACUCAAGAAAUACAACAAACUCAUCGAGGACGGUUACGACAGCAAGUUCUCCACCUGGGAGGGCUACAUCAAGGAACAGAUACCCGGUCAGAUCAAGAAUUUCAUGGCCACCGACAAGGUCGACAAGUACUUCAAGUGCGGCGAGACGAAGACCGUGACUUGCUGCAAUACGUGCCAGAACGCUUGGUGUGGUGUUGGUUGCGAAAGAUUUGAGGGCUGUAAGAAUGGCAAACAGAUGGUGCCCAGAGACAAGUGUCCCAAGGCCGAGUUUGACCCCACAGGCUUUGGCGGUGGUCAACCCAACAGCACGUUCACCCUGACCGACCGGGAAGGCUUCUUCAAGGACAUCCUUGAGACGUGGGGCAUCGAGGAGGACUGGAUCACGUUCAGCAAGCGCCAAAUGUCCCUCGCCAACGGCUGCCAGUACGCCGGUAAGGAUGUCAAUGACUGCAUCGCCUGGAACAGCAUCUUCUUCCACGACUUCCCCACCAUGGACAGCGGCAAGACAAAGGUCCACAACCCCAAGGACAUCAUCGUCAAGGCUCUCCCCGACGCCAAGGGGCUGCUCGACCGGUACCGCGACAUGAAGACGUUUGCCGAGUUCGAAGACGACCUCGAAAUGUCCGAUCUUACCGACUCGGGCUCGCUGCCCGCCUUCGCCGUCGAGCAGGCGGUCGGGGAGAUGGAAAAGAUCGUCAAAGAAGCCAAUGAGAUUGAGAAGAAGCGCCGCGAGGAGUUUAUCCUCAACAUGAUCAUGGGCUUCCUCUUCUUCAUCCCCUUCCUCGGCCCCACCGGCGGCAGCGCCGUCGCGGUCGGCGUGCGCACCCUCCUUCGACUGGUCGAAGUCGGCGCCGAAGUCGGUCUGGCCGUCUACAGCGUCGUCAACGACCCAGACAACGCCUUCAUGACCGUUUUCAGCACCCUCAUGGGCGCCGGUUUCAGCCGCGGCGGGUUCAGGGACGCCGCCAGGUCGAGGCGCGGCAUGAGCUCCACCGAGUAUAACAGUCUCGGUAACAUCAAGCCCAACCUCGACACGAUUAAUAGUCUCCGGGGUGGCAUGUGCUCUCUUUAG